AUGGAUUAUCAAUUACAAUUAUUAUUAGAAGUUCCAUAAUGCAAAUUAUUUGAAAUUAAAAAUCAAUAACCCAAAUAAGUUGAUGCUGGCACUCUACAUAUUUAUUAAUCAGAGUAACUUAAAUUGUCUUUCAUAAAAUUCAGCCAAUUCUAAUAUACAUUGCAAAAAAAUAUCCCAGUAAUGGUGGCUUAACUAGUUAAUGGUAGCAAGAUGUACAUUUUUCCUGGUCUUAAUGAGAUUUUUUAUGGAAUCAUUGUAGAAAAAUAAGAUUAGGUAUCUGAUACUUUUGAACAUCUUCUCUCAAUUAAUGUAAGACUUGUGAUUUCUUCACAAAAACAGCACUAAAAUGUUAUGUCUAAGUCUAUAUAUUAAGGAAGAAGCAAUAUGAAAUAAUUAGAUGACCAAUAAAAAUUGUCUUAACAGGAUUUAAUGUUAAGAACAGGAAUAAUGCAAGUCAAUUUAUGGGAUCAUGUUGGGUAAGGUGAGAAACCUCCUGGAGUUAGUGAUUAUAUUAAAUAAGGAGGAAAUGCUAUUAGAUAAGGUUUAAUUUCUGUAGCUGGAUUCAUUGGAGAGGGAAUUAAGAAAGGAGGAGAAUUGAUUUCUGAAAAGAUCACUGAUAAAGAGUAGAAAGAAGUCUCAGAAGAUACAUUAAAUAAAGUUAAAUUAGUGAAUAAGGGAUCUAAAGCUAUACUUCAAUUCACCAAAGCUUAAGUUGAUGCCUUGAUCAAUUUAGGAAAGUUGAUAGCUGAUGAAGCUGAGAAGCAAUUUGAGAAUAGUGAAACUGGUAAGAAAAUGCAAGAGCACAAAUACUAUGAUGAUGCUAAAAAUGUUGGAGGAGCUGCUGUCGUUGCUGUUGUUAGUAUUUAUGAUGGAUUAACGGAAGCAUUAAGUGUACUAUUGGAUUGCACUGGUUAAGCCACUACUGAGGUUAUAAAAAAUAAAUAUGGAGAUAAGGCUAGUGAGCUAAGCAAAGAAGGAUUUGAAGCUGCGGGAAAUGUUCUUGCAUUUGAUAAAAUAUAUGUCUAAGCAGCAGCUAAAGCAGUAUUAGAAUAAUAAUAAUAAUAACAACAACAACAAUAAUUAUAAAAAUAAUGA